AUGGCUUCCCCCACAGACGAUGCCGUUUGCAUUGCGCAGGACGACCAGCGCGGCGUCCACCUGCAAGUGAGAGCUGACCACCCGACGUCGGUCUCCUCGGAAACAAGGGUCAUCAACACACCUCUAGGUGUUACGAUGUCAUACUUCAACGCCAUUAACUACAGCUCGCCUAAGGGAUCAUUUUCUUCUCAUGGUGUGCAGUUCCCACGUGCGUUCAUUGAUGCCGUCGGUCUGGAGGAGACUAUGACAUUCUUCUUGAUGGCCCAUUUCUUGCGAGGAGAGCAAAGUUUCUGGCACCCGUACUUGCGAACAUUACCACAGCCUGGCCAAUUGACAACACCUCUGUUUUUUGGAGAGGAGGAUGUGGACUGGUUACAAGGGACGGGAAUUCCGGAUGCUUCAGUACAAAGGUACCAGGCCUGGGAUGAGAAAUAUGACUCUUCAAUUGAGAAACUGGAGACAGCAGGCUAUCAGGGUACUGGGGAAUUUACUUGGGACCUAUAUCUCUGGGCAUGGACAAUUAUCAGCUCGCGAGCCUUUUCGGGAAAGGUGCUGUCUAGUGCUGUAGAGUCUUCCGAUCUUCCAGAUGAGGGUAUUUCGGUGCUUUUGCCUCUCAUUGACUUGCCUAAUCACCGACCACUGGCAAAGGUCGAAUGGAGAGCCGGCGAGAAAGACGUUGGCAUGAUUGUUCUGGAAAACGUCUCUCCAGGCCAGGAAAUCUCAAAUAAUUAUGGUCCUCGGAACAAUGAGCAAUUACUCAUGAACUACGGUUUCUGUAUAUUGAACAACCCAACCGAUUACCGCAUUGUGAAACUAAAUGUAUCAUCGGAUAGUCCACUUGGUAUCGCGAAAGCCCACCAGAUCAAGUUGUUUCCCCAGGUGGCAAAGAACACUGACGACCAUUAUUAUAUAUUCAACGUAUCAUACCCGUUACUGGCACCGGAAGGUCCUAUGGAGCAUGCAAUUAUAUCGCUAGCUCUGUUCAAUGCUUUGACAAUCAUGGAAGCAAACGAGCGAGAGCGCAAACGAGUCGAGAUUCAAGAAUCCGGGAUAUCUAUUCAAAAGGCAUAUGGCAACGGCCGCAGUACACUAGCGGCCUUGUCUCAAGUGUGUCUUGAGCUCAUCGCGCACAUUCUCCAGCUACGGGGCAGUGCACAAGACCUGCCAGCCCAACCUGCAAAUCUCAAGCAGAUAUUCGCACAAACUUACCGCAAUGGCCAAAUCACGUUAGAUCAAACCGCCUUGAUAAUCGCAUCUUGGACCCUUGCUCGUGCUAGGGAGCAUCAGCGUGGUGAACAAUGGGAAGAUAUCAAGAUCCUCUUGCACGAACACCUAUCAAAAGUACCGGCUGGAUUAUUUCCAGAGGAGGUUAUCUCUCGGGUACGCGUGCGUAUUCUCGAGCGUCAAUCUCUUGUCCUCAAGAAUGGUGAACUGUUUCGACUUGCAGAGCUAUUUACUUUGCUACCCCAAGAGCUGCAGGCGCCAACUCAGAAAUAUUUCAUGACUCGUGUUGCGAACGGGCCCUGGGCAACAGACCCGCAAGUCAUGUUUGCGCUUGCAAUUAAUUUCUUAGUUGCAACAGCUUUGUCUGAUGAAGUGCGACCCCGGCUAUCUUCUCGUUUGACUCGAUGGGUGGACUUUUUGGUCGCAGAAUAUCCUUUACCCGCAUGUGCUGCUGACGAGGAAGAAUCACCAGCUCAGCAAUUACUGAGAGUCCUUUCUAAGGAUCGGGCUGGGUUCCUCAAACUGGCUACUCAAGAUGGUAUUACUUGGUUAGGACAGGAUAGCCACUGGCUGGCUUCGGCCUCGUUACAGUGGGCCUGUAUUGUGGGAGAUGCUGAACGGGUAUUGAUUCCCGUUGAGCCACUACAGGUGUUAGUGACCGAGGAACCCACCAUGGCCAAACAGGCUGUGCUUUAUGUGCCGCAAGAUGAGUAG